AUGGGACUAAGUAGUAAAACGAUUCAGAUUAAGAUCAAGUCAAGUUGUGAUGUUUUUCUCGAGUUAUGGAAGACAAAUCCCCACCAAGUUCCCACUUUGACACCAACUACCAUCCAAAACUGUCAAACCCAAGAAGGUGAAGUUGGAACCGUUGGCUCCGUUCUCUUUUGGAACUAUUUUCAUGAUGGAAAAGACCGUGUUAUAAAAACACUAACCCAGGAAUUCGAUGAGGCAAAAAAGUCAGUCACCUUCAAGGCUCUUGAAGGAGAUCUGCUGGAAUUAUAUAAGACCUUUGUUACGCAUGUUCAUGUAGAUACCGAUGGUUCAAACAACCUUGUCACAUGGACUGUGGAGUAUGAGAAGUUAUGUUGA